AUGGCAAAUCCCGAGUUGCACACACACGUGGCGAGGCCGCCCUCCUUCACGCACGAGGCGUUGGGGUCGCAGUCCAGCAGCGCGCACGAGUCUGGCGGAUUGGGAUCACGGAUGGUGGGGAUCACGGAUGGUGGGGAUCACGGAUGGUGGGGAUCACGGAUGGUGGGGAUCACGGAUGGUGGGGAUCACGGAUGGUGGGGAUCACGGAUGGUGGGGAUCACGGAUGGUGGGGAUCACGGAUGGUGGGGAUCACGGAUGGUGGGGAUCACGGAUGGUGGGGAUCACGGAUGGUGGGGAUCACGGAUGGUGGGGAUCACGGAUGGUGGGGAUCACGGAUGGUGGGGAUCACGGAUGGUGGGGAUCACGGAUGGUGGGGAUCACGGAUGGUGGGGAUCACGGAUGGUGGGGAUCACGGAUGGUGGGGAUCACGGAUGGUGGGGAUCACGGAUGGUGGGGAUCACGGAUGGUGGGGAUCACGGAUGGUGGGGAUCACGGAUGGUGGGGAUCACGGAUGGUGGGGAUCACGGAUGGUGGGGAUCACGGAUGGUGGGGAUCACGGAUGGUGGGGAUCACGGAUGGUGGGGAUCACGGAUGGUGGGGAUCACGGAUGGUGGGGAUCACGGAUGGUGGGGAUCACGGAUGGUGGGGAUCACGGAUGGUGGGGAUCACGGAUGGUGGGGAUCACGGAUGGUGGGGAUCACGGAUGGGGCGUGCGGCACUAAGGGGCGUGCGGCACUAAGGGGCGUGCGGCACUUCCCUGAAGGCGGCACUUCCCUGAAGGCGGCACUUCCCUGA